AUGCCAGUGCGUGCUGUGACCACCAGGUUCAUGUACAAGGGACUUUGCACUAUUCCAGAUGUCCUCUCCUACCGGACCCCUGUUAACCUGCCUGAGGAUGAGGUGGAAGAGAUUCGCGAAGCUUUCAAGGUAUUUGACCGAGAUGGGAAUGGCUUUAUCUCUAAGCAGGAGCUGGGGAUGGCCAUGCGAUCGCUGGGUUACAUGCCCAAUGAGGUGGAGCUGGAGGUCAUUAUACAGCGACUCGACAUGGAUGGGGAUGGUCAGGUGGGCUUUGAAGAAUUCGUCACAUUGCUCGGUCCUAAACUGUCUGCUGCUGGAAUGCCUGAUAAAUUUCACGGUGCAGAUUUUGAUUCCGUCUUCUGGAAGUGUGACAUGCAGAAAUUGACAGUGGAUGAGCUGAAGAGGCUGCUAUAUGACACGUUUCGAGACCACCUCACUAUGAAAGACAUUGAACACAUCAUUAUGACAGAGGAGAACCACCUCAACAGUCCCGAGAGUCAUGUAGACAUUGACACUAGUCCUACGCAGCAGGAGAAACACACAUGCGUGCGCAAAAGUCUGAUUUGUGCCUUCGCUAUUGCAUUCAUCAUCAGUGUCAUGCUUAUUGCAGCCAAUCAGAUGCUCCGCCGAGGGAUGAAGUGA